UGUCAUCCAUUGCAGUUAACGAGCAAUAAGAAUGGGUCGCCAGGCGAGACUGGUGUUGCUGCUGGUCAUCUCACUGGGUGUUCUGCAUGUAAGUCACUCGAGUGAGUCCGCGGCGACAGUUAAAGCAGCCAAGGUGCUGGCUGAUGAUCAGCUGAGCAAUGAACUGUUCUCCGAGGAGGAGCUGGAUGCCAAGAAGGCAGCCAUCAAGAUAUCCACGCCCAAGGUGAAGGAGACACCGCUGGAUACGACCACGGCCAAGGCCAAGAAGUCGGAGGUUAGCGAGGAGACACUCAAGGACUUGAUGGAGGCGGCCAAGCAUUACGAGAGCCUGGCCGAGGAUCCGCGCUACAACAAAAUGCUGCCGGAUCGCCUGAAGCCAGAAAAUGCCACCGUCAGCAAGAACAGCACCGAGGAGAGCUACGAGUACGAUGACAACUAUGAGUACGAUGCAUACAAUUACGACAGCUCCGAGAAUGAGGAGGACGAGCAGGAUGUCAAGGAGACGACGAGCGCGCGGCCCAAAAAGGCCAAGCCGUCCAAGACGACCACGCCCAAGCUGCAUCCCAUUGAGGAGAAUACCUCCAGCAAGCCCAAGCCCAAGAGCAGCAAGGAUAUUAAGGAGAAUGUGAAUGACAACGCCAUUGACAGCGAAUAUGAAUAUGAUGAUGACGACGAUGACGAUGACGACGAUGAUGACGAUGAUUCCGACGAAGAUGACGAAGUGGACAAGAUGGCGGACGAGGAGGAGGUUACCUUCAGCGAGAACGUGCCAUGCCCCAGAUAUUGCACCUGCUCGCGCAACAUCAACAGCUACCUGGUGGCCACCUGCAGCAGACUGGAUUUGGGCACUCAGAAGUUCGGCUCGGAUAUUACCGACUUGGUGGUCACAAAUGUGGGUCCCAAAUAUCCCAUCUUGCUGGGUCCCAAGUUCUUCCAGAAGCUGGGCCUGAAGUUCGUGGCCUCCAUCAAGAUCGCCAAUUGCACCGUUGAGUAUGUGGACGUAGAGGCGUUCCAUGGCCUGGACGAUCUCUAUGCCGUCAACAUGACUGAUGUCGGCCUGGGCAUCAUUAGCCCCGAUACCUUCGCUCAGAACAAGAAGCUGCGCAUGGUGACCGUUUCCGGAAACGAUCUGAGUCUCAUGUCCACGUUCCAUUACUUGCUGAAGUCAUCCAGCAUUGAGGAGCUGGACUUUUCGCGCAACAACCUCGGGGAACUGAACCCAACCGCCUUCUCGAUGCUCUCCAACAUUGUCUACAUCAAUCUGUCGCAGAACAACUUACAGCAGAUACCCGAGAAGGUAUUCGCUUCGGUUGAAACAAUCGAGGAAUUGGAUCUGUCCUACAACGCGCUGAAGGAGCUCCCAGCCGGCGCCUUUAACGGCACAUCUCUAUCGAUACUGCACCUGAAAUAUAACACAUUCACGGGCGAUCUGCACUUCGGUGUGCCCGAGCUGCAGCAAUUGGACCUGAGCUUCAACUCUAUUGUCCAUGUGCAUCACACCAUGUUCGAGAAAAUGCCUGGCCUGACGAAUCUGAACCUGAAGGGCAAUGGCAUUACCAAGAUUCAGACAGACUCGUUCAUGACGCUCAAGAGCCUGCGCCACAUUGAUUUGUCGAUGAACGAACUGGACCAGGUGUCCAGCAUGUUGUUCUUCAAGAACUCAGAGCUUGAUGUCAUCCGCUUGAACGAUAAUCCCCAGCUGAGCCAGCUGCCAACUGACGGCUUCUUGAGCUACAACGGCUACUUCACGGUGUACUACUUGGACCUCUCGAACUGUGCCAUCGGCGCUCUGGGCCACAAGACCUUCUCCACCAUGCCGCACCUGACGACACUGAAGAUGGCCUGGAACAAUAUCAACAACUUGCCACGCGACACGUUCGCCAGCCUCACCAAGCUCAUCGACUUGGACUUGAGCAACAAUCUGAUCACCCAGUUGGACGAGCUCGUCUUUAGGGAAAACAAUGAGCUAACCAAGCUGAACCUGGCUGGAAAUCCCAUCACCAAGCUGUCUGUGCAUCUCUUCAAGCCGCUCCGCCAGCUGCGUUCCCUGGACGUGAAUGACUGCGAGCUGACAUCGUUGCUGACGGACAAGGAAGCCGGCGUAGGCUAUCCGUUCUUCGAAACGUUGCGUACCUUCAAUGCCUCCGGCAAUUUGAUCAAGCGCAUUGCCACCUCAGACAUUAAGAGCUUCAAGGAUCUGCGCUCGUUGGAUAUAACCCACAAUCCGCUGAAGUGCGACAACGACUUCCAGGACUUCAUUAGCUAUGUAUCGCUGCACACGCAGACAAUGCCCAAGAAAAUGGUAACGAUGAGCAAUCUGGAGGACAUCGCCUCGCUCAUUGAAAUCGAGACUCAAGUUGGUUGGACGCAGCUCGCACAGGAGGUGUGCAAGCACAGCAACAGCUCAAGCGAUGGCGAGGAGGAUCUUGAGAGGCGCAUCGAGGAGAACGAGAAGAAGCUGGACGACGAUGAGAAGAAAUUGCUGAGUGUCCUGGACAAGAGUGUUCUGGAUAAGAGUAAGCUAAGCAAUAUGCAGAAGAUCAUGAAGGGCUCGGCUAACGCUGACGACGACAAGGAGAAGGAGAAGGAGAAGGACUCGGACAGCGUCGAGGAGGAAGACCUGAACAAUGGCGGCGAGGAGAAGGAAGACGCCGACAAAGAAUACGACGACGACAGUGAAAGCGAAUAUGAUGAUGAUAGCGACAGUGAAGACGAGGAGGAGCCAAUCAAGAAGAGCGACAAGGCAAAGGCCGUCAAUGCGGUCAAGAAAUAUAUCGAAACCGAGCUGAAGCCCAAGAUCAAGGACCACGGUCUGAAGGUCGAGGAAGUGGAUUUGUCCAAGGAGACCAAGGAAAAAUUCUUCAUUGAUAAAUUCGGCCUCGACAGCGACGAGCUGAACAGCGACGAGGAGGAGAUCAUUAUUGAGCGCGGUCGCAUCUACUACAACAGCUCCAACUUCCUAAUACCAACCAUCUUGGCGGUCACCUGCCUGGUGGUCAUCCUGAUGGGCCUGGCCAAGCUGGUCGCUUUGGUACUGCGCAAGCGCGGCGAGCGCUAUCGCAUGGCCAUACUGGCAUCGAAGAACUCCUUCGUGUAUCAGAAGCUCAGCGAGGAUAUUGUGAAGCCGACUACCAGCAAGGAGCCAAAACAACCAAAGGUGCACCGAUACGCGCCAAUCAAUCAGGUCUAAGUCCGUAUCGCACGCAGCGAGCAGCUCCCAAGGCUUCGUUUCGCCUCUUUGUUGGGGCGGACGGGGGUGGAGCGCGGUGGUCAAGUGUGUUGCGCUGUUUUUUUAAUUUAUAAGUUAACUCAUAGUUGAGCACGUGGAAAAUUGCAGAAACAAACGAAAAGAGCAAAUCAGCAACAGGUCAUCAAAUACAAUAAUAAAAUAACCAAAAGCCAUUUCGACUGCGACUCAAACACCAGCUCGAGGCAGGUCGAAACGUUUCGUCGAGGAGCAGCAGGCGGAGCGCGUGAAAAGUAUUAGCUAAAAAGAAACAAA